AUGCAAGCCAACAUGUACCCGAUCCUGCAGGAACAAGCGCGUUUGAUCAAAGAUCAAGGGGACACGAUCGAGGCCCUCAAAAAGCACAACAACCUGCCGGCCACGGGUGCCACUGCUCUGUCGACCGACGCUGCUACGUUGGAUGCCCUUACUGAAGCAGUUCAGGCCCUUCAUGAUCGAGUCACUGCCAUUGAGCUCACGGUCAACAAGGCUGUGCUUUUCAGUGAUCAGCAAGGGCAAUCUGACAUCUCGGUAGCCGCAAACUCGAUAAGGAUGCAAGACAGGGAGCGCGAAAAUUUCAACAAGUGCUUGGAUGAAACCCUCCGUGAUUGCCCACGGGACCAUGGCGCUAUCAAGCGCUCCCUGGAUGGCUUCCUCGCGGUGUAG